UAAUUUAUAUUAUUUUUCUUUGCUAGAAUUUUUAUUGGCACAUUAUUUGCAUGGGCAAAGCGACAUUUAUCUUCAAAAGAAUAAAGAAUUCUCUCCACCAUAUUUCAAUUUUUUAUACAUUCCAAGUUCCUCCUCCAAAUCUGAGGAGCUUCUCUUGUCUCGGCAGUGCAGGCUAAGAAUUAGGGGCUUAUGAUCAAGCAAUUAACCAUGAACAAAGUUUGGUACCUGGUGUUGAUAGUUUUCUGCAAUGGGCUUGCAGCAAAUGGGGCUGGCACUAACAAUUCUACUAGACCAAGUACUGUAAAUAUUGGGGGUAUUUUCUCUCUUGCAUCCGUCAUUAGCAGGGUUGGAAAAGUGGCAGUAGAAGCUGCGGUUGAAGAUAUAAAUUCUGAUCCAUCUGUUCUUGGUGGAACUAAACUGGAACUUACGGUGCAGGACAGCAAUUUCAGCGGAUUUAUGGGCAUUAUUGAGGCCUUAAAGUUCAUGGAGAAAGACACGUUAGCCAUAAUUGGCCCUCAAACUGCUGUAAUAGCUCAUGUGAUAUCUCAUAUUGCAAAUGAGCUCCAUGUUCCACUGUUGUCAUUUACCGUGACAGACCCUACCCUCUCUUCCCUUCAGUUCCCGUAUUUCGUUAGAACUACCCAGAGUGAUCAGUAUCAGAUGGCGGCAAUAGCAGACAUUGUUGACCACUAUGGAUGGAAAGAGGUAAUUGCAAUCUAUGUCGACGAUGACUAUGGAAGAAAUGGGAUCACUGCAUUAGGGGACAAGCUUGCUGAGAAACGUUGUAAGAUUUCAUACAAAGCACCUGUGAAGCUUGAACCAACCAAGAAUGACAUCACAGAUGUAUUGGUGAAGGUGGCUUUAACGGAAUCUCGGAUUGUUGUUCUUAUUGCUUAUCCUGGUUGGGGUAUGGAGGUUUUCAAGGUAGCACAAUAUCUUGGCAUGAUGGGAACUGGGUAUGUCUGGAUAGCUACUACUUGGCUCUCUAGUGUAAUUGAUAUCAAUUCUUCUCUCACUCCGGAUGAAAAGAAUAAUAUUGAAGGAGUUCUUACAUUGCGAAUGCACACACCAGAUUCAGAACUGAAAAGAAAAUUUAUUUCUAGGUGGAGUAGCUUAACCAGUAAAAGGGCAGCUGACAGCUCUCUUGGGUUUAGUCCUUAUGCUCUAUACGCCUAUGACACUGUAUGGUUGCUUGCUCGUGCAAUUAAUGCAUUUUUCAAUAAAGGGGGACAAAUCUCAUUUUCAGAUGAUUCGAGGUUAACACAGUUACGGGGAGGCAACUUACGUCUGGAUGCUAUGAGCAUCUCUAAUGGUGGAAGUUUGUUGCUUCAACAAAUUUUAGCCACAAAUAUGACUGGCCUGACUGGCCACGUCAAAUUCACUUCAGAUAGGGACCUCAUUCGUCCUGCAUUUGAAAUCAUCAAUGUGAUUGGUACAGGGAUAAGACCAAUUGGUUAUUGGUCUAAUUAUUCAGGAUUAUCAGUUUUGCCUCCAGAAACACUUUACACAGAGCCGCCAAAUCGUUCUAGUUCAAACCAACAACUACACCCUGUAAUUUGGCCAGGACAAACAAUAGAAAAGCCUCGUGGGUGGGUUUUCCCAAACAAUGGAAGGCAUUUGAUAAUCGGAGUUCCAAAACGAGUCAGCUAUAAAGAAUUUGUCUCACAAGCAGAAGGCACUGAUAUGUUCACUGGCUACACUAUUGAUGUAUUUACUGCUGCAUUGAACUUGUUGCCAUAUGCUGUCCCCUAUAAGUUAAAACCAUUUGGGGAUGGUAUUAACAACCCAAGUGACACUGAGCUAGUGCGUUUGAUCACAACUGGAGCGUUUGAUGCAGCAAUUGGAGACAUUGCAAUCAUCACUAAUCGAACAAGGAUGGCUGAUUUCACACAGCCAUAUAUUGAAUCUGGAUUAGUUGUAGUGGCACCUGUUAGAAAAGUGCAUUCUAAUGCUUGGGCUUUUCUGAGGCCAUUCACUGCAAAGAUGUGGGCUGUUACAGCUGCAUUUUUUGUCAUUGUUGGAGCAGUUGUUUGGAUUUUGGAGCAUAGGCUGAAUGAUGACUUUCGUGGCCCUCCUAGAAAACAAGUUGUCACUACCCUGUGGUUUAGCUUUUCAACCAUGUUCUUUGCCCACAGAGAAAAUACAGUUAGCACCCUUGGACGCAUAGUUUUGAUUAUAUGGCUAUUUGUCGUUCUUAUAAUCAAUUCAAGCUACACUGCAAGUUUGACCUCAAUUCUCACAGUGCAACAGCUUGCUUCACCUAUUAAAGGCAUUGAAUCUUUAGUUGCAAGCACUGAUCCCAUCGGCUAUCAGCAGGGUUCCUUUGCCCGAAAUUAUCUGAUUGAGGAACUCAGCAUUCAGGAGUCCAGACUUGUUCCUCUGAAAACUCCGGAAGAUUAUGCUCAAGCCUUGAAAGACGGUCCCCAUAAGAAGGGUGGUGUUGCUGCAGUUGUUGAUGAGCGUGCAUACGUAGAACUAUUCCUCUCAACCCGAUGUGAAUUCAGUAUUAUUGGUCAAGAAUUCACCAAAGCCGGUUGGGGUUUUGCCUUUCCACGGGACUCGCCUUUAGCAGUUGACAUGUCCACUGCCAUUCUGAAACUGUCUGAAACUGGUGAUCUUCAAAGGAUCCACGACAAAUGGCUUACAAGAAGUGCUUGUACUUCACAAAACACAAAGCUUGAAGUGGACCGUCUUACCCUCAGAAGUUUUUGGGGCCUCUUUGCUGUGUGUGGGUUAAUUUGUCUGGCGGCUCUCAUAAUAUUUCUCAUCCUGAUGGUUCGCCAGUUCACUAGGCACUACAGCGAGGAAAUAGAGUCACCUCCUAGCUCGCGUUCUGGACGUCUUCAAACAUUUCUUUCAUUUGUUGAUGAGAAGGAAGAUGAAGUCAAAAGGCGCUCAAAGAGAAGGCAAAUGGAAAGAAUGUCAAAUAGAAGUGCUGGUGAAAGUGAUCAAUCCAUGAACAGCUCCAGAGCUAGAUACCUGGAAUCAGCUUCCCACAAUACCGAGAAUUGUAAUAAUGUCUGAUUAAAAACCAUUUAAACAACCCGAAACCUUCAUAUAUAUUCUUAGUCCAAAUUUUACACAUGAAUAUGUAAAUCACUAGUGUGACUCUGGGUAUUUUGGUGUAUGAUUUUGGCCUAAAAGCAUGUUUACGUAGAUAACAAACGUCAUUACUCUUUUAUAA